CUCUCUCUCUCUCUCUCUCUCUCUCACACACACACACACACACAGACAUAAUUCAAUCUCUCUCACGCGGACGCUUAAACCAUGUAUGUAUUCUCUGAGCUGCUACAGGCCUAUCUAUAAUCACAAUAUUUUGAUGAUCCGUUAAUCUUCCUAAGGUGUUUGUAAAAUUGUCUGUGAGAAGAAGACCCUAGAUUGUGUUCUUACACCUUAGCUAGAAACUAUCAAUUAAUUCACAUAUCAGAAAAAAAGGGGUAUAUUUUAAUGUCUCUGAGGAUAAAAGCAGUCGUAGAUAAGUUCGUUCAAGAGCUAAAGGAAGCUUUAGAUGCUGACAUACAGGACAGGAUUAUGAAGGAAAGGGAGAUGCAGAGUUACAUUGAGGAGCGUGAGCGUGAGGUUGCAGAGCGUGAAGCUGCCUGGAAAGCCGAACUCUCUCGUCGUGAGGCAGAGAUUGCUAGGCAAGAAGCAAGGCUAAAGAUUGAAAGAGAAAAUCUCGAGAAAGAAAAGAGCGUGCUAAUGGGGACAGCAUCAAAUCAAGACAAUCAAGAUGGGGCUCUCGAAAUAACCGUCAGCGGUGAAAAGUACCGUUGCCUGCGGUUUGCAAAAGCAAAGAAAUGACAAAUUACAUAAUCGAAGCUUCCAAAUUCGCAACUGCUUUCGAUUAUUUAGCAAAAUCAAUCGAUGUUUCGAGUCUUAUAUAUAUAUUUCACGAAUGAUGCAUAGAAGUACUCAUUAUUGGGACUUUUGAACCAUAGAUUUCUCAGUUCCUCCAAUUGUCACUUAUAUCACUUGAAUUCUUGUGGUUACUUUAUUCUUUCUAUUUUAAUUCAUAAUUUAU